AGAAGGCGCGGACGUGGCUCUCUGGCCCACAACGCCUCUACUCUCCUAUCCCGACUGACGUUGGACAACAAAGAUGGCGGCAGGAACCAGCAAUUACUGGGAAGAUCUCAGGAAACAGGCUCGACAGUUGGAAAAUGAACUUGACCUGAAACUAGUUUCCUUCAGUAAACUAUGUACAAGUUACAGUCACAGCAGUGCCCGAGAUGGAAGACGCGACAGGUAUAGUUCUGACACAACACCCCUUUUGAAUGGAUCGAGCCAAGACAGAAUGUUUGAGACAAUGGCAAUUGAGAUUGAACAGCUGUUGGCAAGGCUUACAGGGGUAAAUGAUAAAAUGGCAGAAUAUACCAACAGUGCAGGUGUCCCUUCCUUGAAUGCAGCUCUAAUGCAUACGUUACAGCGACAUAGAGACAUAUUACAGGAUUAUACACAUGAAUUUCAUAAAACCAAAGCAAACUUUAUGGCAAUACGGGAAAGGGAGAAUCUCAUGGGCUCAGUACGAAAGGAUAUUGAGUCUUAUAAAAGUGGGUCUGGAGUGAACAACAGAAGAACUGAACUAUUUUUGAAAGAACAUGACCACCUUCGAAACUCAGAUCGUCUGAUAGAAGAAACAAUAAGCAUUGCUAUGGCAACAAAAGAAAAUAUGACUUCACAGAGAGGAAUGUUGAAGUCAAUUCAUAGCAAAAUGAACACUUUGGCCAAUCGUUUUCCUGCUGUGAACAGCCUGAUCCAGAGGAUCAACCUCAGAAAGCGGCGAGACUCACUCAUCCUGGGAGGAGUUAUUGGUAUCUGCACCAUCCUGUUGCUGCUGUAUGCUUUCCAUUGAUGAAACAUCUCCAGGGACUCUUGACAACCACCACUUUCAUGCCCUGAUCUGGAAUGAGGAGGAGGGGGGGGAGAAGUUGACUGUCCUGAUACUUAGCCUGACCAGCAGGAAGAGUUCAAGACCGAUAGUGAUGGGACUCUGGGACAUGGUCAGAUUAAGCUGAAGCUACCAUUCUUCUGUACUAUCUUUUCUAACACACAUUUCUCUGUUUUUAGGGGGGGUUUUGUUUGUUUUUUAAUGGUCUUCAGUUGCUUAAGUCCCCCACGGAGGUAAAUAAAAGACAGCGUCCUGUGCUUCAUUGGUAGUGUUGAAGCCUGGUGACCAGCCCGAUUUUAUAGCUGGAUUCUUCAGAAAACUGGGGUUUUCUAUAUCCAAAGACUGCUUUUCUUUCAGCUACCAGAUUGAGUUGUAAAUAAAAAUAAUUAUUGUCCUUUCAUUUUACACUCAUGACAAAUCACAAGUUAUUUUUUGGUAAUCUGUGGUAUAGGUUUCUACUCGGUACCCCUAACACAAAUGUUCAGGGAAAAUUCCAUUUUUCUCAAGUGCUUUGAGUUGCUGGUAGGACUUUUUAAGCAGGUUUGAGGUUGUCUGAAAUGGAGAACUCUUCAGAAAAGCUUUUGUCUUUAUUUUUUAUUCUGAGUAUGCUGGGGUUAAUUAUAUUGCUGGAAAAACAUCAAGAAUGACAGGCUUUUUUUUUUUUUUUAAGGAGUCAUUGUUUUUACUUUUUUCUUUCUCCCAUUGGAUUAAUAUUUACUACUACCACAAAAAAAAAAAAAAAAAAAAAAAAAAAACACCUCAGUGCUAUCAACACAAACUAAUAACCCCACUGUUCCACAUCGUGUCAGGAUUAACACCACUGUGUGAGAGGACAGCUCAGUUUUCAGUGAUAUCUAUUCAACCAGCAACACGUAAAAAGCAUCGGGAAAGUGGGGGCUGUCCAGAUAGUUCCAUUCAUAAGUUCCACAACUUAUGAGCAGAAGUAUAAGAACUCCUGCUGAUGUACCAGGAAGUCUGUAUUCUAUGAAAAUCUGUUCAUUCCAAAUCAGUUAUGUCAUUCCAGACAGGAUGGUCGCAGUGUUGAAAGCACAUGAGGCAGAAUCUGUCUCAGUUACCUGUCUUCCAUUGCCAGCCCUAAAUAAUGAAAAAAUUUUAAACCACCUACCAGAAUUCUUUUCAAGUUUAAUUAUUUCCCAGUUUCUGUAAAUUCAUUACUUAUCUUACUGAAUUACCACGUAGUUUGAAGACUUCCAGCAUCUAUACUCUUUACCAAGAAAGAAACCUACUCUUCGCCAUUGUAAUUUA